GUGAAAUUUUGGUCUGCAAAAUCUUCCAGGCUUUCGCUCACGCGUUCACGUUCAUGAACGGGCCAAAUUUCCCUGGCUUAGUGCCACUACAUAUACCUGGCAAAGAACCUCUUCCGCCUGGGGUUUCCGACGAAGAGCGCGAUGCAUACGAGCAAAUGAAGAAAACUGAAAGGUUCAUGACUAUGGCGUCGGAAACGUGUGCGUUCAAGACUGUACUGGCUGGUGGGGGAGGAUUGGCCAUUGGUGCCUUCUUCUCUCUAAUGUCAUCUUCAUUCGCCUACGAAGAUCCUCUUCUCCGUGAGCGGACCCAGGCUGGAAUGAAGACCCACCAAAAGGCGAGCGCGAUGUUCAAAGAGAUGGGCAGGGGGAUGUGGACAACUGGAAAGGGGUUUGGGAAAGUCGGAGCACUGUAUGCAGGUAUUGAAUGCAUAAUAGAAUCAUAUCGCGCAAAAAAUGAUAUUUACAACUCGGUAUCUGCCGGAUUCCUGGCUGGAGGUAUUCUCGCUCGAAAUUCUGGCCCAAGAGCUGUACUUGGUGGCGGACUGGCUUUCGCUGCCUUUUCUGCUGUAAUAGAUCUUGCUUUCAUACGGAGGGAGCCUGCAGAGGAGGAUUGAAUAUCUAGGUAUACUGUGACCACGAUAUCUGUAAUGUGUUAUUUGUGGUUUGAGAUCUCUGUCUACUAUCUACUCUAAAUUACUCGCAUCUUACUUCAAUUGUAUCAUAUCGCACAGAGAAAUCGCGAAUAAUACCCUAACUCACGAACAGUCAUAUCAUCCAACGUUGAAACUCAACAUAAAGG